CUUUGGCUUUGGUCAAAAGUCUGUUGUGCUACUCUGUUGAAGUUGUCGUCUGCUUAGUUGAAAACUACAUAAACCACUGAAAGCGCACCACUUGUAUCCACUAUACUCCACGUAUGAAAGCCACUUUGGAGCUACUGCAAAUACCAAAUUCUACAAGAAGCAUACCAACAAGACUAGAAACAAAGCACUCACAAAAAGAUUUCCUACUAGGGAAGCAAUAUGAAUGGUACAUACUAGUCGCAAGGCAUGAACAAGACUCUAAUAUCAUUUCAGUGAAAUUCUUCACUGAUCCUUGCUCUCAACUAACACGGUCUGCUUCCCAUUACAUAAAACUAGGACCUACGGAAAAUAAUGUUUAAACAUGAAUAUACUUCUUGUCUUCUUAAAAGAAGUCGAAGAUACAACUGAGUCGACAUUUGUGACUGGGAAAGACCUCCAUUCAUAGCUGACAAAUGGCACAGGGAAGCAAUAGGACGUUGGUCGCUGUUCAAUGUUGCAACCUCAUAAAAAAAUUGAAGCGUUCAAGAUGCUCUCCUAAGCAGUUGUUUCAAGCAGAUUCUUAGAGUAGAGAAUGACAAGCCCGGUAGUUCAGGUUGAUACAGGAUUAUUCGUUGAUUGUAUCUAAAAGAAUAUUACCUUGCAAUACUGUAGUAUAAUUUGACUCUGCGCCUUUCUUAGACUUGGACAAAAAGUUUGUGUGUUUCUUCUUCAAAUGUAUUGAGUUACAUAGAGAAUAAGGAUAGUUGUUCAAGAAUUGAAUGAAUAAAGUUUGUGCUCCGAUUCACUCCUCAGCAUCGUUGUAUGUCACUGUAAAGCGUAAACCCCGCCACAGUUAGGACUGGAACUUCCUAUGAAACUCCUUUUCUGGUCUUAAGUUGGUUGGAGACAUGCUGACCCCUUCAGUUUUGAAAACUUCUCCGCUUUGUCUACAGUAUACAAAGGUAACCUUGCAAAAAAGUCAUUCUUUAAGAAAUAUUAGAUUGAAGAAUGGGUUAAACAGGUUGAAAAUUUCAUU